UCGCUUGAGGCUAUAAAAUUUGUAUUUGAAGAAAGAGAACAAAGAAUCAGAACCUAUAUAAGAGUCCCCAAGACGCUGCGCAGUCACUCUUUGGCAUUAGAGAGAGCAGAGAAGAUUACUGCCGGUGCAAUCUGCGUCCACGGGUCCAGAAGAAGAUGAUGAUGAUGAUGCUGACUUCUAUCCUUCUAUCCUGCGUCUUUACGCUGCAGUGCCUCCGAAGCAUGCAUUGUUCGCCAGUGCCAGAAAGAAGCAGGUACCAAGCGGCGCCGGGAUGGCUCCAGAGGUCUGAUCUCUACAACCUGAAGAAGAGAGGAAGAGUCGCCCAUCCUCAGGACACACUCAAAGACACAGCCUUGGUCAGAGGAGACCCUAUAAGAGCAGCCCUGGUAACUAACAGCACUGAGGUGUCUAACCGCCCCCGCUGUGGCGUCCCUGACUACCCUAUGCUGAAUGAUGUCCUCUACAGGGGGAAACACAGGCAGAAACGCUUUGUCCUGUUCGGGGUGCGCUUGGAGAAUACUGACCUCACCUACAAAGUGGUUCGCUUCCCCUGGCAGAUGAGUGAGGACAAGGUGCGGCGUGUCCUGCAGGAAGCACUGAGAGUGUGGAGUGAGGUCACACCCCUCACCUUCACUGAGGUCAGCAGUGGAAAGGCUGACAUUGUCAUCGACUUCACCAGGUACUGGCAUGGAGAUAACCUGCCCUUUGACGGGCCUGGGGGCAUUCUAGCUCAUGCCUUCUUCCCCAAGACCCACAGGGAGGGCGACAUCCAUUUUGACUAUGAUGAAGCAUGGACCCUUGGCAACUACAUGGGCACAGACCUCCUCCAAGUGGCUGCUCAUGAGUUUGGACAUGUUCUGGGCCUGCAGCACUCACGGGAACUGGGUGCAGUGAUGUCCCCUUAUUACAGCUUCUCCUAUCCCCUGGAGUUGAGCGAGGAUGACAAGCUGGGGAUCCAAUACCUGUACGGCCAUCGUCCACAUAUCCUGCCCCCACCUCCACUAUCACCACCACUACAAAUCCCCACAGAGACCAAUGAGAUCAUUAGUAGUAUCCCUGAUGUCUGCCAGACAGACUUUGAUGCUGUGUCUAUGAUCCGUGGGGAGCUGUUUUUCUUUAAAUCAAGCUAUGUGUGGCGCAUUCGGGAGGGGCGGCUGGAGGCGGGCUACCCCGCGCUGGCGUCCCGCCAUUGGAGGGGGAUUCCAGAGAGCAUUGAUGCUGCCUUUGAAGACCAAUCAGGGAGUAUCUGGUUCUUUCAAGGUCAAAGCUACUGGGUGUUUGAUGCAGAGAGACAGAUCACAGGGCCAGAACCUGUGCGCAGGCUCGGCCUGUCAGUCUCCCACAUCCAGGCAGCCCUGCUCUGGGGCCGGGACAGCAGUUACAACACCUACUUCUUCAAGUCAGGCAGCUACUGGAGGUUCAGCCCCAAGGAGAACCGCGUCCACUCUGUCUACCCUCGCAACAUGCAGGACUGGAGCGGCAUCCCCAGUGAUGUUGACGCAGCCUUCAAGGACCAGUACGGCUAUGCCCACCUUAUCCGAGGGAGGCAGUACUGGAAGUUUGAUCCUGUGGAGAUGAAUUUACUAGAGGGGUAUCCUCGCUAUAUUGGAAUGGACUUCUUUGGUUGCCUAAAUGCAUGAAUAAUCAGUAUUAAGUGAUGCUGCUGUCUCAAGAUCAAACCCAAGUCCAAGUUUAGUCCAACUAUGCCCUCGUACUUAUGGUCUUCAAAUACAACGUUGUAAUGUUGUGCAUUUUUUGGGAACAAGACCAUUGCAUCUACAGAGGCUUCUUCAUCUUCUUCCAAAUGUUGAAGAAACAAACUAUUUAGAGAGAGACUAUUUCUUUACUUGAGUGAGUUCCAAAAAAUGUGUGUUCUUCCUCAAAUACGUUUUUGUUUAAUCAUGAUCUUAACACUUUGAAUGGACUAGAUGCUUAAUUCUUCUCAGGGAAACACAAAUUCAAAUGUUUCCUCAGAGUUUGGACUUCAUGUGCAGCUAUGUACUUGUAUUUAUUUGUUACUGGGUUCGGUUCUAGGGUCAGAAGUUGCGUUGUUCAAGACCAUGGGCAGACAGUACAGUGCCAUCUACAGUCCAGUACCAACCAAUUGCAGGAGGUUCUUUUGAACUAUAUUAUGAUGUAUAAUUUACUCCAGAGAUGUUGCAGCAUAAACAUGUUUGCUUUAUUCUUAAAGGGAAAUAUGUCUAAGGCACUGCAGUUAAGGUGUUAAAUCUGUUAAUCACUGACAAUCAGGGACACCUUUUGUUCUCAAAUGUUAUGAACACUUACUCAGAGUCUUAUAUGUAUGACAUCAAGUACAUUAUCGCGUCACAUUUCAUUUCUCUCUAAGAUUACUAUACUUAAUUCAAUAAUGUUCCAUCCAUGGAGCUCUCAGUCAGUGCAAAGGGAUGGGGUGAACUUGGUGUUGCAUUAUGUGAAUCUAAGCCAUGCGGAUAAGUUACGUUUUGGUUCACUGCAGUUUGUCAGUGCAGGACACUGAUAUAUCUGCUUUACUGUAAAAUACACUACCGGUCUAAAGUUUUAGAACACCUACUCAUUCAAGGGUUUUUCUUUAUUUUUACUAUUUUCUACACUGUAGAAUAAUAGUGAAGACAUCAAAACUAUGAAAUGGCACAUACUGUAUGGAAUCAUGUAGUAACCAAAAAAGUGUUAAGAAGGGGCAGUAUUGAGUAGCUUGGAUGAAAGGUGCCCAUUGUAAACGGUCAGUCUCAGUUGCUAAUAUAUGCAUAUUAUUAGUAUUGGAUAGAAAACACUCUAAACUUUCUAAAACUGUUUGAAUUAAGUCUGUGAGAUUAACAGAACUCAUAUGGCAGGCAAAAACCUGAGAAGUUCCACAUCCUGUUUGGAUUUUUUCUGGGGGUGCCAUAUUUUCAACCAAGCUCUUAUUGAAUAUAAAGAGAGAUAUGGAUGGGUUUUCACUUCCUACGACUUCCACUAGAUGUCAACAGUCAAUAGAACUUAGUCUGAUGACUCUAAUUUGAAGGGGAUUCGAAGGAGACAGGAAUGAUUCACCACUGCCAUGGGGUGACCAUGCAUUCAACACGCGCGUUCACGUGAGAGGCAGCUCCGUUCCAUCUCUCAAUUGAAGUCGAUUUAAUUCUCUGGUUGGAACGUUAUUCAAGAUAUAUGUUAACAACAUUCUAAAGAUUGAUUCAGUACAUCGUUUGACAUGUUUCUACUGACUGUAACGGAACGUUUGGACAUUUCGUCACGUUAUAGUGGUCACGCUUUGAGACUUUGGUUAGGGUAUUUGGUAAACAAUUCGAAAGUAGCUAAUUUGACAUAAAUAACGGACAUGAACGAACAAAUCAAGCAUUUAUUGUGGGCCUGGGAUUCCUAGGACUGCAUUCUGAUGAAUUCAUCAAAGGUAAGGAAACAUUUAUCAUGUAUUUUCUGGUUUCUGUUGAGUCCAACAUGGUGGCUAAUUUGGCUAAUCAUCUGAGCUCCGUCUCAGAUUAUUGCAUGGUUUAUAUUUCCGUAAAGUUUAAAAAAAAAUCUGACACAGCGGUUGCAUUAAGGAGAGGUAUAUCUAUAAUUCUAUGUGUAUUACUUGUAUUAUCAUUUAUAUUUAUGUUGAGUAUUUCUGUUGAAACGAUGUGGCUAUGCAAAGUCACUUGAUGUUUUUGCAACUAGGGAAUCUAACGCCUCAAUGUAAACUCCGAUUUUUUUAUAUAAAUACGAACUUAAUCAAACAAAACAUGCAUGUAUUGUGUAACAUGAAGUCCUAUGAGUGUCAUCUGAUGAAAAUAAUCAAAGGUUAGUGAUUAAUUUUAUCUCUAUUCUGCUUUCGCUGGAAAAAAUGGCUGUGGUUAUUGUGGUUUUGUGGUGACCUAACAUAAUCGUUUGUAGUGCUUUCGCUGAAAAGCCUAUUUGAAAUCGGACACUUUGGUGGGAUUAACAACAAGAUUACAUUUAAAAUGAUAUAAGACACAUGAAUGUCUGAGGAAUUUUAAUUAUGAUAUUUCUGUUUUUUGAAUUUGGCGCCCUGCACUUCGACUGGCUGUUGUCAUAUUGAUCCCGUUAACGGGACUGCAGCCAUUUAAACAAAUCAAAAUAUAUUUUAUAUUUGAGAUUCUUCAAAUAGCCACCCUUUGCCUUGAUGACAACUUUGCACACUCUUGGCAUUCUCUCAACCAGCUUCACCUGGAAUUCUUUUCCAACAGUCUUGAAGGAGUUCCCACAUCUCAAAUAAAUAUUUUGAUUUGUUUAACACUUUUUUGGUUACUACAUGAUUCCAUAUAUGUUAUUUCAUCGUUUUGAUGUCUUCACUAUUAUUCUACCAUGUACAAAAUAGUAAAAAUAAAGAAAAACCCUUGAAUGAGUAGGUGUUCUAAAACUUUUGACCAGUAGUGUAUGUAUUUGUGAUAUUUUGUGUUUGUAUGUAUUUGUGAUAUUUUGUGUUUGACAGCCAAUAGCUGCAGCCGGGCAGAUAACUUGUUUUUAAUCUGUCUCUUCUAACAUUUCGAGUGUUGACUAUAGAGCUCAGAAGUAUUUCAGGACAUAAUUGACCUUUAAUUAAAAGAGCCAUUAUAUCGGUUCUAAUUACAUAUUAACAUGUUUUUCUACUCAAAUGUCACAUUUACUAUGUAAAUACAAAUAUAUGAAUUCUGUACUGUGUUUUGGUACAAAUAAAAUAUUUUAGCUUGA